AUGUCUCCUCAAGAAGACGACGAAGAAAAUGAUGAAUUAAAAGUGGAUUUUUACUUUCCAGGAGCAGCCAGUCUUUCGGAUCAAUUAGAUAAAAAAGUGAUGGUAAUUUUGAGAGAUGGUAAAAAACUAAUCGGAAUUCUUCGUUGUUAUGACCAAUUUGUAAAUAUGACUCUAGAGAAAACUGUUGAACGGAUAGUAGUAGAAGAUAAAUAUGGUGAUUUGGAUGUUGGUUUAUAUAUCGUUAGAGGUGAAAAUGUAGUAUUAAUGGGAGAAGUUGAUGAAUCACGAGACUUAUCUUUAAAACAAGUUCCAGUUGAUGAAAUUUUAAUGUUAAGUAAAUUAGAACAAGAAAAAGAAGAAGAAAGAUCCAAAUUGAAACAAUUACAUUUAAGAAAUAGAGGUAAGAUUUCAAUAUCAAGAUUUAAAUUAUUUAUUCUUUUUAGGUUUACUUGA